AUGUACCAGUCGCAGCAGCGCGGAGUUGACGAUGGAAAGGAAUCAUCCGCUGUGUCACCGCAAAUACCAGCCGCUGAAGAUAUCGGCGCAGAGAUAAGCGAGAGCCUUCCGAGCAAGGAGGUUGCCUACGUAUUGCUGCGACAUGCUUUGGAAGAUGCAUGUGCAUUGCAAAAAUUUGUCCACGAGCCAUCCUUCUAUAUGAUGGUUGAACUGAUAUACAGCACUCCACCUGAAGUUCUUCGGCAGAAGUACCCCCAUUCACUCGCUCUACUCUUUGCGGCACUGGCGCUGGGAAGCCAUUUCUCGAGAGGGUUAUCGCCCAGUGGCAGUCUUUCCCAGGACUCAUUCACAGCUAAUUUCAUUGGAGGGCCAAAUUAUCUAAGGUUGGCAUUAAGGCUAUUCGACCCUGUCGAAGAUCACAGCAUCAUUUCGCUACAGUCACUAUGUUUUAUCGCGAUUUUCUUUCAGUCAUCGGGCCAAUUAGAGCAGUGCCACACCUACACAGGCCUCGCACUUCGGUCAGCAGUGGCUCUAGGAUUGCAUCGACCUGAAAUCGAUGCUCAUGACCUUGUCAAACGCGAAACACAAAAGCGUGUCUUUUGGACCAUCUGGCGACUAGAUAUAUACAGCAACUCGUUUUUGGAUAUCCCAUCAUUGCUCAGUAUCAACGACGUUUACCAACCCUAUGCAGAGCCGAUCAUGGAGGAUUAUGGUAGAGGAGAGAGUGACGCAGAUCCCGGAAAAGAUACAAACGCCGUAACGACUGGAAUCAAUAUGCAUAUCGCCCUGACUGCAAUCAUGCCAGCGGUGAUGAGGCAUCGCAAAGUCUUCCAGAGCUUGACGGCGGGAUCUGCGAGUGAUGUAGAAGGCCUGAUACAAAGAUCUGGUAUGCGUUCGAUUGAAACAAAACUCAAAGAAUGGUUUCAAACUCUUCCAAGCGAGCUGCGACCUGGGUCUCAGAGAUCUCUUCAGACUGAACGUAUUCGACAGCUUUUACGCAUCGCGUAUGCGUACGUGCAGAUGGCCCUCUAUGAACCGCUGCUAGAGCUGGCUCCUCGAAAUGCUGAGUGCGACAUCGAUCCCUCGGUUCUUUCAUACCUCAAGUUAUAUUUCACCGUGACACGCAACCUUGUCAGCACAGGCUACUCAAUUCACAGAAUGAAUGUGAUGAACUACUCCGCCCGCGCUACCAUGGUAUCCACCACCUACGCAGCCAUCAUGUCACUUACUGUCUUCAUGCUUAAGAUACCCGCUCCCUCCGCAACCAAGGGCGUUGUCCUCCAAGAAGCUUUUGAGGGUAAGACCAUAAUUGAAGAACUAGCUCCAAGGAGCUCAUUGGCCACUGAGUUCCUGCAGAAGUUGAAUGUUACAAUGAGCCAGUUCCAGAACAUGAUACGACCUCCUCUUAAUAUACAAUCUCCGUGGCCAAGUUAUACUCCCAACAUGGCGGUCAUUAGAGAACCAGGAUGGAGUGACGAGCUACAACCAAGGAAAUCGUGCACCGAGCCUGCUCCUGUGUUCUCAUUUCCUAGGCAAGGUCCUUCUAUGUAUGAGCCCAACCUGAGCUUGGAUCUAAUCCAGGAUCCCUGCAUCUCUGAACAAUCGCUGCCUGUGUUUAUGUUGCCGCUGUGGCAAAACCUGGAGGACUUCGAUCCAAUGGCUAUAAUUGGCUACCCCCUGACGGACGUUGAUGCGCAGCCAUAG